AUGAACGCGACGAAAGCUCAGUCACAAAAGAUCUUCGAGAAGCUGAAGUCCAAGCCUGCAAAUAAGAUAUGUUUUGACUGUGGUCAAAAGAACCCGACAUGGUCCUCUGUCCCUUUUGGCGUCUAUCUGUGUCUCGAUUGUUCCUCAAACCAUAGAAAUCUCGGCGUCCACAUCUCCUUUGUCCGAUCAACCAACUUGGACGUCUGGCAAUGGAGUCAACUACGGACCAUGAAAGUAGGAGGUAACGAGUCCGCCAUGAAAUACUUCCAAUCACACGGUGGCAGUGCUGCCCUCGCAAGCAAAGAUGUUAAAGUCAAAUACACCUCGAACGCGGCGAACAAGUACAAGGAGGAACUGAAGCGCAGGGCAGCGAGAGAUGCAGAAGAAUACCCAGACGAAGUCGUCAUCACGGACGAAACCCUUGUGGCUCCUAUUGACGGCUCAUCAACACCCGCCGGUGAACCAGCCGAUGAUUUCUUCUCUUCUUGGGAUAAGCCCACUAUUAAACGACCCAGCAACCCACCAUCUCGCAGCGGCACUCCUCCAGUAGUUUCGCGUACUGCUUCCCCCUUCCUUUCUGCUGGCAAUGCCAAUGGCGCAGCUUCACGACCCAAGUCCCCCUCUCCCUUAACUGCUGCUGGAAACGAAAGUGAAAAUGCCCUUCCCGCCCCAACCGCCAUCCGUACCACUUCCUCAUCCGCCAUCCGCAAAGGACCCUCAGCCGCCGGAGCCGGCGCUAAACGUACCAACGUUCUGGGAGCGAAGAAGACGCAUAAACUUGGCGCAAAGAAAGUAGCAGGCGAAGAAAUCGACUUCGAAGCCGCUGAAAAGGCCGCAAAAGCCGAGGCGGAGAGGAUAGAGAAAUUAGGUUAUGACCCUGAGACCGAGAAAGCGGAGGAAUUGGCAAAGAGCAAAUCGCCAACUUUGGGUUCUGCCACGAAUGAUGCUCCUGCAGCUAUUGCCACCCCAAUUGUUGGAGGCUAUGGAUCUAGGCCUAACCUUACACAUACACGAAGUCCGAGUGAGAUCGAACGGCUAGGGAUGGGCAUCGGACGGUUGGGGUUCGGCCAAAUCGGAGCGAAUAAGCCAGCUGCUUCUACUGGCGCAGCACCAAAGAAGUUGGGCUUUGGCAGCGUCGGCGCAAGCAAAGCACCUGUAGAAGACGACGAGGAACAAUAUGCGCGCCAAAAAUUCGGGUCACAAAAGGGCAUCUCAUCGGACGAAUUCUUUGGACGAGCGCAAUACGAUCCAUCCGCUCAAGCGGAGGCGAAGUCACGAUUGCAAGGCUUUGAGGGCGCCACGAGCAUCUCGUCAAACGCAUACUUCGGACGCCCUGAGGACGACAUGACGGGUCUCGAGGGCUCAGGUGAGUACGGUGAUCUGGAGACCGCGGCCAAAGACUUCAUUCGUCGCAUGGGUUUGACUGCGGGUGACGAUUUGGAGAAUCUUAUCAAUGUGGCUGGCGAAGGUGGCCGGAGACUUAGGGGUGCGGUCGCCAGGUAUUUGAACAGCUAG